CUCUCUCUCUAGAUUUCCCUCUUAUUUAUUCAGCCCAUUGCCACCUCCGUUUCUGCAACUCCAUUACACUUCUUCUCCCUGCUUCCUUUUCUUCUUCUUAACGUUUGAUUUACAAUUUUCCCGGAGCAUCUAUCUGCUCAGAUCACUCGUUUCUCGAGAAAAUGAAGAAGGUGGUGCUGAAACUGAAUAUUCAAGACGACAAGUGCAAGAAGAAAGUUAUGACCAGAGUCUCCGGCCUUGCAGGAGUUGAAUCAAUUGACAUGAACGCAAAGGACAGCAAAUUGACGGUAACAGGGGCUGUGGAUCCAGUCGAAGUGGCGGACAAGCUGAGGAAGAUCUGCCACACAGAGAUCUUGUCGGUUGGGCCGGCGAAAGAAGAGAAAAAGCCGGAGGCGCCAAAGCCGGCGAAGGAGGACUCGAAGAAAGAUCCGAAGGAGGAGUACGUGGCUUGGUUCCAGAAGACUUACGGGUACCACCCGGCAACUUUCUAUUACCACCCUCCUCCUCCAACGUAUGGUGGCUAUUACAGACCCGUCGUAGAAGAGGAUCCGAAUGGCUGUGUUAUUUGCUGAAUUCCCAGUUGUUGCCAUGAAUCGCGGCUGGGUGGGGAAAAAGGAUCACCUUCCAGCAAAACAGAAAAGAAAGAGGGAAGUAGUUUUAUAUUUUGUGGUGAUGGUUUUGAUUUUGGGACUUUUGUUUUGUAAAUGAUGGUAAGGGCCUUUAUGUUAGUGGGUGGUUUGCGUUUUGUUUUCUAUAAUAUAAUUUUCAUUAAAUUUGAUGUUGUAA